UGCCGCUGGGGGCGCUGUGGAAAACGUCACUUCCCCUCCUCAUGGGAUGUUCAUUGAACUGCACGGAUCAACACAGACCCACUGAAGUGUUUACAUUUUCGGUCGUGUGCUAAAGUCAACAUUAAAUCUUAGUUUUUAUUCACUCCUUUUAACGAUGAGGCUUAAUCCGCGUAACCGUUGAGUUUCCUUCAUCAAAAAGCUGUAACGUUAAUAAUAUCAACUGCAUUCAAAACGAUCGCAGAGAAGAGGAAGGUCUUACAUUUUCCCUGAUCACAUCCUCAUCUACAGCAUGGAUCGCCUGGCGUCUUUUGGAAAUGAUCCUUUCGAUAAGCCUCCCUGUCGAGGAUGUUCCUCAUAUCUCGUGGAGCCUUACAUUAAAUGUGCUGAAUGUGGACCGUCACCUUUCCUCCUGUGUCUGCAGUGCUUUACUAGAGGAUACGAGUAUAAAAAGCACCAGAGUGACCACAAGUAUGAAAUCAUGACAUCAGAUUUUCCCGUGUUAGAGCCUGGUUGGACUGCGCAGGAGGAGAUGGCUCUGUUAGAGGCCGUCAUGGACUGUGGUUUUGGUAACUGGCAGGACGUGGCUUACCAGAUGCGCACCAAGACCAAAGAGGAGUGUGAAGGGCACUACAUGAAGAACUUCAUCAACAACCCUCUGUUCUCCUCCACUCUGCUCAGUCUCAGACAGAUGGAAGAUCAUCUGUCCCGGACAGCAGACACAGCCAUUCCCUUUAAGCCCACUGAUGAUCCUCCAAGGCCUUCUUUCGACUCUCAGGUGUCCAGAGAUAUGGCUGGAUAUAUGCCGGCUCGAGCAGACUUCAUGGAGGAGUUUGAUAAUUAUGCUGAAUGGGAUUUGAAAGAUAUCGACUUUGUUGACGAUGACUCUGAUAUUCUUCACGCACUGAAGGUUGCAGUAGUUGACAUAUAUCACUCCAGACUUGAAGAGAGACAGCGGAGAAAGAAGAUCAUUCGAGACCAUGGCCUCAUCAACCUACGCAAGUUUCAGAUUCUGGAGAGACGUUAUCCUAAGGAAGUGCAGGACCUUUAUGAUGUCAUGAGGCGCUUUGCACGUGUGGUGGGUCCCAUAGAGCAUGACAAGUUCAUUGAGAGUCACGCCUUGGAGUUUGAGCUGAGGAGGGAGAUCCGCAGACUGCAGGAGUACAGGAGAGAGGGAAUACAGUCCUUCUGUGGUGCUAAAGUGUACGAGAGAGUGAAACGCAUACGAGAGGACGAGCGCAGGAAGAGGAACAUGCUGUGUGACGUCCUGCAGUACAUUCACGACGCUCGUGCGUGCCAGCAGUGGCUCCACAAACAGGCUGCCAUUGAUGCAGGAAUCACUCCUGUGGUCACCACUAUCACUACCUCAGGCAGAAGAAGCGCACCUCCUCUCAACCUAACAGGACUGCCUGGCACUGAGAAACUCAACGAGAGAGAAAAAGAGUUAUGUCAGGUGGUUCGUCUGGUGCCUGGGGCGUAUCUGGAGUACAAACAGGCCCUGCUGAACGAGUGCCGGCGGCAGGGGGGUCUACGGCUGGCACAGGCCCGAUCGCUCAUCAAGAUAGAUGUCAACAAGACACGCAAAAUCUAUGAUUUCCUUAUCAAAGAGGGCUACAUCAAUAAGGCUUAGUGCUGAUUGAACUGCUGCAAGGACAUCUGAUAGAUGAAGAAUCAUACUCGUUGUGGAUCAUUCAUGUUGAGAAUGAGCAAUGAGAGAUGACAGGUUUGAAGUACUUUAUUUAAAGUCAUUCAUUCCUUACUAAUCUGCACCUGUUUGUUUUUGAAAGACUGACAGGGUGCUCCUUUAAAGCUGUGUUUAGGACCAUAUAAGUUAAUAGUUGUGUAAAAAGACUGCUGCUGUUUGUACUGGUGAGAAUAUCUCACUCUAAUAUUGAGUGUCAUUUUAUUUCAUUUUAUUUGUCUACAUGCCCUUAAAAUUGUCGAUUAAUUUUUGAACUCUGGAAUUGUUAGAUGAAUGUCACAAGGUCUUUGAAGAACAUUUAAAUCACAAAAUCAACAUAAAUAAUAAUUUGUUUCUCAAAGAAAA